UUUUAAUCUAUGACUUUGAAUGUAAUCAUUUUGUUGGGGUUAAGUAUGGUUAUUUACAACAAAUAAAUUUUUUGCUAUUGCGGAUGGAUUUAGUGUAUUCAGUUACGAGGAAGUACACGAGUACUUCGGUUAAGUCUCUUCAAAACUAUGAGUGCCUUCACGAAGGCCAUACACUUUGCUGUGUCUCAAGUAAGAACAUAGUCGCUUUUACUACGAAGACAGAACUCGAUGACAUAACAGGAAAAUCAUGGGGUUCUCAUGUUUACGUGGCUGAUCUCAAUACACCAUGGUGGACGCACAAGGUGGUGUCGAGCCGGGCGGAGGUGACGGCGCUGGAGUGGGACCUGCACGGGGACAAGCUGCUGGUGGCAGACCUGGCGGGCAGCGUGCAGCUGUGGACGCUCGGGGACCACGCGCUCAAUGACUGGACCUGCCUCGGCACGGCCACCUUCGCCGGCGAGCACAUCCUGGGGGCCGCCUUCUUCCACAACGGCAAGAAGGUGAGCCUGGUGGCGGAGAAGAAGGACAGCCCGCUGUACAGCGACAAGUUCGGCCAGGCGCGCUUCCUGCCGUCGGCGCGGCACUGGGGCGGCCAGGCCACGGAGGGCUGCCUGGUGGUGUCCACCACGGGGCUGGUGGGGGCGGUGGUGGUGUGCCGCCAGGCCACGGGCGCCCCGCAGCUGCUCACCACCACGGAGAGCCUGGCCAACACGCGCGGCCGCGUCACGGCCGUCGACGUGUGCCACGGCAAGAACGGCCACUUCCUGGUGGCGGUGAGCAGCGGCAGCGCCAGCCUGCCGGUGCAGUGCUUCCGGGUGUCGGUGGGCCAGGCGGAGGACAAGUGCAGCGUGGUGUCCCAGGCGCUGCCCAGCUUCUUCCUGCAGCCGCGUCCCUCCAAGGACUCCCAGUGCAGGCACGUGGUGCAGCUCAAGUUCGUGGUGCGGGAGGACGCCGACUCGCUGGUGGUGGCAGCCAACGGGGACGCCGGCUGCCGGGUGGAGAUCUGGGAGCUGCGCGAGAAGGCCGUGCAGAUUCACAAGAUGUUCCAGCCCAAGACGCACCCCGCCCCGGCCGAGCCCUUCAAGGUGGUGGUGUGGCAGCAGCAGUCGCACUUCAGCGCGCCCUCGCCGGUGGUGUGCGUGACCACGUCCAAGCUGUCCCUCACCACGGCCACGCCGCCGCCCUUCUACGUGAUGGUGGCCCUGGGCGACGGCUCCAUCCACUGCCUGUACCGCGACCUGCUCAAGCAGAUCGCCAGCACGUCCCUGAACCUGAGCUGGAGGCACGAGGAGGCGGGCGGGGGGAAGCAGCAGCGACUGUCGCCACGCAUCUCGCACCUGGACAUGAGCUGGCUGGGCUGCGUGCUGCUGGCUGCGGACACCCUGGGGCAGCUCUACCUCUACCGCCUCCUGCCCGUCGCCGAGCCAGUGUGCGUGGUGGGGGGGCCCAUGACGGUGCCCUACGCUUGCACGCUCCUCGAGUACUGCCUGCUGACCAACUUCGACUGGUGGGACCUGUUGGUGUCGCUGCGGCCGUCCAUGAUGGACACCGUGUGCGAGCGCUUCACGGAGAGCUUCAACCGCCAGCCGCCCGCCGUGCAGCACUUCUACUACGUGCAGUUCCUCAACAUCAAGACCUCCCUCUACAGGUUGACGAUGUACGGGCAGACGAAGGCAGCCGAUCUCACGUCGCUGCUGAUGCUGCGCUCUGUUGCCACGGCUUUCGAAACACUGCUGCGACCGUCCGACCUCUCCAGCCACGACAAGAGUCCGGCGGAGAGCUUGGCCGCGGUGAUGACGGAGAGCCACACGGACGUGGACAAGGUCCUGCUGCACCUGGAGGCCAAGGAGUUCACGGUGGAGCCCAGCACCCUGCAGUCGCUGCAGCAGCUCAUCCAGUGGGUGGCCGACCUGGCCAUGAACCUGCUGGCCCGCCUCCCGGAGCAGCGCCAGCAGUGCGAGCUGCUGCGGGACCACAAGGCCCUCAACACGCUGCGGGAGCUGCUGGUGAUAGUGCGAGUGUGGGGGCUGCUGCGGCAGAGCUGUCUGCCCGUGUUCGUGCGCAGCUCGGAGAGCCUGGACGUGCUGGCUCUGCUCUUCAAGCUGCUGUCGCGGCUGGUGCAGAGCCAGGAGCCCGACGACAACCUCCUGGACGACUGCUGCCUGCUGCCCAGCCAGGUGCUGAUCCCGCAGCUGCGCUCGCCCUGCAAGGUGGUGGCCGUCGCCUCGCCGCCCCUCUUCUUCCUGGCCCUGCCCGUCCAGCUGCAGUUCGGAGUGGAGCCGGACUGCCUGGGCUUCGUGCCCGACCUGAGCCCCGUGGAGGGCACCAUGCAGCCCGACCAGAAGAUAGACGGCAUCCGCCACAUCUACCUGGGCAAGCAGCCGCCCCUCUACAAGCAGUGCUGCAGGUGCUCGGAGAAGGCCCAGGUGCACUGCACUUCGCGGCUGGCGGCCGUGCGAGCGUGGGACCAGCGCUGGAUCCGAGCCUGCCAUUGUGGUGGCCUCUGGUGGAUCCACCGGUUCACCUGAGAGCCCCCACGACCAGCCGGCCAUGGGCAACGGCCUCGGUUGUGAGGUGCGACAGUGAACAUUGGCACCAACGUAACUGGUGAUGACAUUACUACAGUUGGCACUACAGUAAAAUGAACAUAUUUUUGUUUCAA